CCCUCUGCCCCCGCCCCUUCUGUCUCCGCCCCCGAUGGCGCCGCGCUGUUCCCGGCGGGCGCGGCUCUCGCGCUGCGUCAGCUUCAGCGCCUGUCACCGCCUGCACAGUAAAGCACUGAGCGAUGAAGAAAACCUGAAAGUGUUUGGGAAAUGCAAUAAUCCAAAUGGCCACGGACACAACUAUAAAGUUAUAGUCACUGUGCAAGGAGAGAUUGACCCAGUCUCAGGAAUGGUCAUAAACCUGACAGACCUGAAAGAAUAUAUGCAGGAGGCAAUCAUGGAACCACUUGACCACAAAAACCUGGAUAAGGACGUGCCAUAUUUCGCGGAUGUUGUGAGCACCACAGAGAAUGUUGCAGUAUUCAUCUGGGAAAACCUCAAGAAGCUGCUGCCCACAGGAAUUCUUUAUAAAGUCAAAGUGUAUGAAACGGACCAGAACAUUGUUGUUUAUAAAGGAGAAGAAACAAUCUCUGAGAAGUGAAAUGAGAUGCAGGUGAAUUAGUCAGAAACUGUGCUGCAUAAUCAGAUUGGUGGAUUAAUUCAACCCUGCUCGCUGUUUCCUACACCUGGACAUUGGUUGUGUAUUAUGUAAGGGCAAACACAGAUGUUUCACAAGGGUUCUUGCAGCAAUUGAGCCAUUUGGGGUCUCAGAAUUUGUUGGUUUGUCUGCUUUUUUCUCAAGACAUUCCUGUUGUGCAAACCCAAACCAUUGAGCUGAUGUGAAGUUGUGUUAUGUUAAAUAAAACAGAUUUCUAGAGGGGAGGUGGCCUGGCAAACCCUGAGUCCCGGCCAGUCGCAAGAGGCUUUGAUUUUUCUCAAAUUAAACAUUGGAUUAAUUUAUGAAUUAUA